CCUAUAUAGGUUUUCUGGUAAUCAUGUUUUUACACCGACUCUCUUCUAACGCCCGGGAUAUUUAUCUAAUUCUUAGAAUUCUCGGUUUUCGGAUGUCUUACUAAAUUGAUAAUGAUUUUGAAGAUUUGGCCCUAAUGAUUAAACAAUAAUUACCUAGGUAUCAUAUCCACAAUGAACGUUUCUGGGACGCCCCAGGAAAUUUCGCCGCAAGCUCAUCGCGGAAAGAGUGAUACAGGCCCACAGCCACUUGGUGCACAAGAUAAAUCUCUCGAGGCAAAUAUUCCAAUACCGAUCCUACCACGUCGAAAAUGGUGGUGGCCAUUCCCUGCUCCUCCAACCGAGGAAAUAGGACAUCCUCCCGACGGUGGUAUCAUUGCCUGGCUCCAAGUUUUGGCAGGGCACCUCACAUGCUUCAUUACUUGGGGGUUGAUAACUAGUUUCGGUAUCUUCCAGUCGACAUAUGAGGAGAUGCUCGGCGAGUCAGCAUCUACUGUAUCAUGGAUUGGCACUAUGCAGACCUUUACCCUUCUAUUCGUGGGGACGGUAUCAGGACGCCUAAGCGAUGCGGGCCUCGUUCAUGAAGCUGUCUUUGUGGGAACACUAUUUAUCGCCUUUGGAAUGUUUAUGACUAGUUUGGCUACGCAGUACUAUCAGCUCUUCCUCGCACAAGGGCUCUGCAUCGGAUUAGGGAUGGGCAUUUUGUAUAUGCCUGGUCUUUCGGUACCGUCGUCAUACUUCAAGGCGAAUAAAUCUUUGGCGGUCUCUAUCAUUGCAUCAGGGGCAGGGUCGGGUGGCUUGGUGUACCCAGCAAUGGUUCAACAGCUGCUUCCUCGAGUUGGAUUUGGAUGGACAAUUCGUUAUAUGGCUUUCGUGACUCUUUUCGUCGCCGUUCUCAUUAAUGUUCUCCUGCGGGUGCGAGUACCGGCUCGUAAAUCGGGCACCCUGGCGGAUUUUCGAGCUUUCAAGGAGCUGCCAUACGUCCUUUUCAUUGUGGGCUUCUUCUUUAUAUAUUGGGCUGUGUACUUUGCCUUCUAUUAUAUUGAUCUCUACGGCCACACUUACGCGAAUUUCACAUCCCUCGACUCCAUCGAUAUCCUGUUAAUCACUAAUGCGCUAGGGAUUCCAGGUCGUAUUGUCCCUGGUUUUAUUGCCGCGAGGUAUUUUGGGCCUUUGAAUACUGCUAUCCCCACGGCGAUUGCGGUUAGCAUCGUCUUGUAUGGUUGGAUUGCUGUCGCACAUGCACAUGGUCCGCUCUAUGCGUUUGCUGCAGUAUAUGGUUUUGUAGGUAGUGCUAUCCAAUCGCUGUUUGCUGCCUCACUGGCAGCACUAACGACAGACUUGAGCCAGCUUGGGACCAGGAUGGGAAUGGUAUUCAGUGUGGUGGCGUUUGCAUGUCUGACAGGAAGUCCGAUUGCGGGCGCUAUCAUAGAUGCAAACAAUGGCAGCUAUCUGGGAGCGCAGAUCUGGGCGGGUACAUGUCUGUUACUGGGUGCCAUAGUUCUGACUGCAGCAAGGAUAAGCCGGACGGGGUGGGUACUGAGGAUAAAGGUUUGAGAUAGGACUCCCGACUCAUUAAUAGAAGUUGAUUUCAGGGCCGAGGA